UGGAAAAAUGUCAAAGCAGAAACCACACUGCGGAUGGUUUAGUGGUGUUUAGCAGGUGAACCAGUCAGUCCUUUGAUACAGAGAGAAGAGGGUAAAAUGGUUAUUUUGGGCAGCAGGCACUUUGCUUUGUGUUGCAACCUUCUCUUUUGUUUUCUUGCAGGUUGUGUGUCUGCAGAAACUGUAACAGUCGCAGUGGGAACAGAUGCUACUUUAAAAUGCAGCUAUGAUGCUAAGUACUACGGCAGGCUUUCUGCAUGCUGGGGCCGAGGACCCAUACCCAGCAGUGGCUGUGGAAACGAGGGUGCUCAAGACAGACGGGACGUCAGUGCUAAGCAGAUUGUCAGAACGUUACUUGCUCAUGGGCAGCCUCGGCCAGGGUGAUGUGUCUCUGACCAUCAGGCAUGCUGAGGAGGGUGACUCAGGGGUGUACGGCUGUCGUGUGGAAAUACCAGGCUGGUUCAAUGACCACAAACAACAUGUGACUCUGAGAGUGAAUGCAGUGUCCCCUAAUCCCCUGAGAAUUGAGGCAAGAGAGGUGAAGGAAAGGACCAUCACCAUUCGCUGGACUCUGGUGUUUGACGGUGGCCGUCCCAUUACAGCAUACAGGGUUGAUAUAAAAAACAAACAGACAUCCUGGGAAACUAAAAUAAGCACCGAACUGCACGAGCCUUCACUGACUCAAGUGACUUUGGUGGAUUUGCACCCAGCCAAGACCUACAACCUUCGCAUGUUUGCUGUCAACAGCAUUGGGACGAGUGAGACCAGCAACGUUCUCACUGUCACAACAAAAGAAGCAGCUCCAGAGGGCCCGCCCCUGGAUAUGCAGCUUGCGGCCCUUAAUUCCAGCAGUAUCAAAGUAACCUGGAAGCCUCCGAGGGCUGAGCUAAGAAACGGCAAUCUGCGUGGUUACAACAUUAACUACAGAGAGUACGACGCUGUGGGUAAACAGUUUAAGCGGUGGCAGUAUUUAAGUGUGACGGCCAGACGUGAACAAGAGAGCACCAUUCUCAGCAACCUGAAGCCUUCUACCAUGUACGGUGUACUUAUACAAGCCAAAACAAUCGCUGGAGUAGGACCAUCUUCAAAUGCACCUCUCUGCUCAACUCUGGCUGAGGUUCAUGAAAUGACAACAGAAACUGCUAUGUCUUCUUCCACUCCUGUCACAAUGUGGAUCCAUGACACAAUUUUCUCUUCAGUUUACACAACUUCAACUACUUCAACAACUUUAUCAAAUUCAGCAACUUCAACAACUCCAGCACCCUCAGUAACUUCAACAACUUCAGCAAUUUCCACAGCUUUUUACGCUGCCACAAUCUGGGAACAGAGCACUGCCAGCAGCUCAUCAGUGCCACCGGAUCCCCCGGUGAUCGAGUUAAAGAACGUGGACGGAAAUACAUUUUCCCUGUUUUGGACUACUAGAUCUGAAGGUGACAGCCCCAUCACCGGGUAUAUCCUCGAGUACAAAGCAGCGAAUGCUUCAUGGGAUCACACAAAGACUGUGGACUUUGGACCCCAUGACACAGAGGCCACAAUAAUAGAGAUGAAUCCCUCGACAUACAACAUCCGCAUGUUUGCUAAGAGCAGUCAGGCCACCAGUGCAGCCAGCAAUGUCCUCACUAUCACCACUGGAGAAGCAGGUCAUCAAAAGGACAUUUUCAUUACCACCUCGGCCUCUGUUCAUGAUGUUGUAACUGCUGAGGACAGUCAUGGUCAUCACCUGAUUGGCAUCAUUGUAUCUGUGGGGCUAGUGGUGCUGAUUGGCACCAUAGUACUCACAUGGCAACUUCGCAGAAUAAAACAGAAAAAAGGCACCCUGAACAUUUGGCUGGCCAAUGGAGGCGUACGUUACACUGACUGCGAGUCCCUACAUGAGCUGUAAAACUCAGAGUUAGAGAAAAAAGUACUUUUGAAUUCUACGACAUUUGCAAAAGGAGAUUGUAUUUUUGUCUGUCACCGAGCAAAGACAACUAAUGUGCUAAAACUUGACCUACACAUCAGGCUAAUUGAAACUAACCAAAAGAAAACACAUUAAAUAAGCUUACGAUAAGAGGGAUUUGAGGUUUUAUAGUAGCUUCUGUUUGUUGUAUUUUAACUGUAUGCAUGUGGUUACAUUUCUAUAGUCAUCAUAUUUUUGGUUUAUUUGUUUUUGUUUUAUGCAUAAUGGAAAUGCACAACGGCUUUGCUAUUUUUAUGUUACACUUUUACCUGAACACUUUUACCGUGUUCGUCCAUCUGCAUAUACUUUAUUUUACUGGGUAAACCAGAAUGCGUUUAUUUAACAAUCACAGAAUAAAUUAACACUGCGCAUUCACCCAGCCUCAAGUUGUACUGAAUGCAUUUGUUUAAAGUAUGCUCAAUAAAUCAUCAGUUAAAACCACAAAUGCACACAAUCACGACUUGUUCAUAAAUGAGAUUUCUCUUUUUGAUAAAAAAAAUCCCUGUGGCACCGUUUACUGCAGUAAUAGCUCUGUGACUUAUAAAUGUAUUUAAAUGGCUCCUUCCACUAAAGUUUUUUCAGUGAAAACUUUCUGUCAAAUGAAUGCAAAGCUUACAUUUUACUCAAAUGUCACAUUUAAAACUGAAAAAUGUGAGGUGCCCCUUUGUUAAAAGCACUCAGAACGCAACACCCAUCAACAACCACCAGAGGGCACCAGAGUUUCGCCAGUAACCGCUCUCACGCAGCUCUCACCUCAUCAUCAACCGAGUUGUCCUCAGCGCCUGGCGCUGCAGCCAGCUGGAUUUCCACCCAUCUGUCCUGUAAAUCUCUUAAUGGUCCUAAUUAAGGAGAAGAGGAAGAGGAGGAGAUCUGAUACCUCCGUGGAGCUUUCAGGCAGCUGCCUGAGAGGGAGUCUCAGACUAAUGGGGGCUCACAGGGGGAUACCUAAGCCAUGUGUGUCAGCUGGGACCACAUGGCACAGUAGUGAUCCAUGUUUGUGUGUGCAUGAAUGGAUAUGAAUGAAUGUUAAAAAAAAAGACUUCCACUUCCUUUUUCUGCUUGUUUAUUUCUCCACUGCCCUCCGACUAAACCACUGAUGAAGAAUUGUUGUUUUUGACUUCACAAACUG